AUGAUCAAAACUGUUCAAGAAAACAAAAAAAUCCUUAAGUCCAACAAAGUGUCUGGUGUCAACAACUACCAAUCUAAACUGAAGGAAUACAGAAACAUUCCACAAAUACCUGAUUUAUCAUUGCCCUCUCUUCAAACAAACACAGUCCUAGGGAGAGAACUCAGUAUAGAAUUAGGAGAAUACAAGGCUACACUGACACAAACAUCACUAUCCAGUCUGACAGAUUUAUCUGUUAAAGAAUUAUUAGAAGAAGCCAGAUUGAUUGCCAACAUUCCAACAAAUGUUAAAAACUUACUUAAAAUUGUUUGUGUAGGAUCAGCUGAAGUUUGGGUCAAUGGAACAGACAAAAUGAUAUGCUGUGUGGACAUACACGGAGCUGUACAAGACACUGUCACCAGUACAUGUAAUCGAUUCCCUAAUGACAUUACAGUGACCAGAGAGGAAGAACUGUUAUACAGUGAUGCUAUCAAUAGAACUGUGAAUAUAGUCAGAGAUGGGAAGACAAAGACACUGAUCACCAUACCAAGGGGCUGGCAUCCCAGAGGACUGUGCUGUACCAGGUCAGGGGACAUCCUAGUUAGUAUGAAUAGUACUGACAAAAUUUGUUAUAAAAUAGUCUGUUAUCAGGGACAGAGGGUGACACAGGAAAUAGAAAAAGAUGAACGUGGUGAUCCAAUCUAUCAAGGAGGUGAAUACGGAGUGUAUGUGGUGGAGAACAACAAUGGAGAUAUAGUGGCAUCUGAUCGUAAUGCUUUCAAAGUGGUAGUAGUGGACAGGACAGGAAAAGUCAGAUUCAGAUACAACGACAAACCUCCAGGGGGAGAGAGAUCAUUUGGUCCCACACACAUAGUGACAGACUCCAUGGGUCACAUCAUUGUGACUGAUUGUCAAAAUGACUGUUUACACAUCCUAGAUCAGAAUGGACAGUUCCUCAGAUGUGUGGAUAAUUGUGGGCUUGAGGAUCCUUAUGGACUGAGUGUGGACAGUGAGGGGAAAUUGUGGGUAGGGUUGUUUUUUUCAGGGGAAAUGAAAGUCAUUAAGUACAUGAAAUAA